CAGGGUCCUAACGGAUCCUCCGCCUUCCCCGAUGCGACAACUCAACCCUCACCAUUCGGCGGUGCUGCUCCCCCUCUAGCACUUCAACGAUCCACGAGCCACGAUGAUAGCAACGCAAGACGCCCUUCAAGUGCCCCUGGUAACAAACAGAAUCUGGCCGCCGGGUUCUCUACCGGCGAACAAUCGGAUUCAGAUCGACCGAAGCGGCCAUCCGUGAAGCCGCUGCUUAUGCGAUCCAAGAGCGAAUUUGGAGUCAGCCGCCCUGAAGAAGUUGACCAUUCCGAGGAAGAUAUUCCUCAUUGG